UCGGACGUCAUUCCUGUUCAGUAGUUAAACGUUACCGCAGGGCUCACAGGCUAACACGUGAAUAACAUGGGGGUAACGGAUGGUUUUUGACAAAACGAUUAAAAUUUUCUGUAGAUUACAUUCGUAUUAAACUGACAAUACACGUCUUCUGACUAAACACGAUAUCUUUCGGGAUCACAAACUUGAGGAGGAGCUUUUACGAAUCCGCCUGUAAAGUUCACCAGCUAGCUAGCUAGCUAACUAGCUUAGCAAGGCAGUAGCGAGACCAACACGCUGAGUUUAGUCACCGGCCAUGGAUAACGCUGAAGAAGACGCUGUGCAGCUUCACGGGGACGAAGAGAUAAUCGAAGUCAUUGAUCUGAGCGAUACAGAACAGACUCCAGAUGACCUUGCUGAGGAGUUUGAAGACGUGGAUUUUGCUGAUGCUGGCAACCAAGACCAGGAUGAUGAAGGCUGGGAAACUGAGGAUGAGAUGGAAGCAGAGCAAGAUGACAGCGAGCUCACUUUCUCUAAACACACAGGUUCUGUCUUCUGUGUCAGUCUGGACCCAGUGACAAAUAAUCUUGCCAUCACUGGCGCCGAGGAUGACAAGGCUUGUGUAUGGAGUGUCUCUGAUGGGGAGGUGUUGUUUGAAUGUACAGGCCAUAAGGACUCUGUUACAUGUGUAGGGUUCAGCCAUGACUCAAAGCUGGCAGCAUCCGGUGACAUGAGUGGCCUGAUCAAAGUAUGGAAGGUUGAGACUAAAGAGGAGAUCUGGUCAUUUGAAGUAGGAGAUUUGGAGUGGCUACAGUGGCACCCUGGUGCACCGGUCUUGCUGGCGGGUACAGCUGAUGGCAAUGUGUGGAUGUGGAAGAUACCAAGUGGAGAAUGUAAGACGUUUCAGGGACCUAACUGCCAGGCAACAAGUGGAAAAAUCCUCCCUGAUGGAAAAAGAGCAAUGGUGGGAUAUGAGGAUGGAACCCUGCGUCUGUGGGACCUUAAACAAGGCAGUGCCAUCCAUGUAAUUAAAGGCCAUGAUGGCCACCAGGGAGCGCUGACUUCCAUGGAGUGCAACAAAGAUGGAACCCUAGUCCUAACAGGAUCAGUGGAUGGACAGGCUAAACUCAUCAACACAUCAACAGGCAAAAUACUGGCCUCAUUUUCAGUUGAGAAUGGUGAGGCGAAAAACACAAUGGAGGAGCAAGAUUCCAACUCAGUAGAGUCUGUAGGGUUUUGUAAUGUGCUGCCCCUGAUAGCUGUGGCGUAUCUGGAUGGCACGCUAGCCAUAUACGACUUGUCCACACAGAGUCUUAGACACAGAUGUAAACAUGAGGUUGGCAUUGUCCAUCUGCAGUGGGAAGAAUCAUCAGCAGUAGUGGCCACCUGUAAUCUGGGUGGAGUGGUAACACUUUGGGAUGCUCGUUCUGGAAGCAUGGUGUCCGAGUACCGUGGUCACUCAGCAGAGAUCCUGGACUUCACACUCAACAGAGAGGCUUCCAUGGCUGUGACUGCAGGUGGAGACCACAAAGCCAAAGUCUUCUGUCUUCAGAGGCCUGACCGGUAGGAACUUUGCCACCUGUGUCCGUCACACAGAUGCUGCCAUAUCACCUUCUCAGAGAUGGAUCUUAUCUUACCCUCUAACUGUUUUUAGUGAUCGAGUCCAGCUGCUUCUCACUUCUACAGACUGGUGUUUUUACAUAAAUGAUCAGCUGCAGUGUAAUUUUUGUGUGAACUGACACUUGUGAAACUACUCACUGGGACAUGACUGGCUUCUGGAGCUGAAGAUGUACAGGUCACUGUGAUUAUUUAGAUACGAACCACAGAUUCAUUCAGACAGUGCUUCAUUUGUAUGUAAUACUAUGUAAAUUCUUCUGAAUUGGAGUCCUGGAGAAAGACACAUGUGUACCUCAUUGCAUGGCAAAGUGAAAUAAUAAGGAUCAGCGUCUUGAUUCCUACCAUGUUCCUUACUGUUUGCUUACAAACAUGAGCAGAACCCUUUGUUUUUAUGUGAUUUUUUUUGACCUCCUGAAGAAAAGACAUGAACCAAUCUAGAGCUUUAGUCUUUUCAUACAGUUUCAUCAGUACAAAUGAAUGUUAUGGUACAAAAGGUUGCUUAAUCACUCAUUUAAUGGCCAGUGUUAUUAUACUGAAUACUCAAUGAUGUCUUAUCCUGGGUAUGUAUAGCUGCAUAGACUACACAGUCUGUAUUUCUGUAAUUUCUAAUACAGUGGAUGUCAUUUCUGGUGGAUGGAUGAUAAAACCAAUUUAAAUAGAACCUGUUGUAAUAUCAUAUGAUCUGCACUGGCUGCUUCCUCAGCCUUGGAUUGAUUGGAAAUGGAAGCCAGUUGCACUUUCCGUUGUGAAUUUAUUACAAAAACAGUUAUUAGCAGAACAAAUAGACCAACCAUUUCCAUGUAUCCUAUGGUUUGAUCUACUGAGCUAUCGGUAUGUUUUGUUUGAGGAUUAUUUACACUCACCGUGCAUAAUAAAUACUGUUUGGUGUGAACUUAAAA